GUUAGCUGGGUGUGGGGUGGUUGGAGCAGGGACUGCAGGAGGUUUCCUUAGGUGCUGCCCAUCACCACGGCCGGGAGAGGACUGUUGAUUGCAUGCAGAAAAUCUGGAGACUGGGUACCCUCGAGAGCCUUGUCCUCAAGUAGAGAGAGGGUUGUUGCUGUGCCUGAAAUAGCUGAGCAGCUUUCAUCCGUGCACCUGGGAGCUGGAGAACACGGUUAGCUUGUCUUACCAAGCUGUCAGAAAGAUUAAGGGGAUUUUUAUUAACUGGAAAACAGUUUUUUCCCUUUGAGGAAAAACGUUCUCAGUUCAUCUGUCUAAGCACUUACCUGCCUCCUGUGAUCACAGCUUUCUCUCAAAUGCUUUUUCAAGUGAGUGCAGCUUGAAUGCGGUAUUGCAAAGGACCUAGCAGGAAACUUGGAAUUUGUUGUCUCAGUGGUGAAGGCAAGCAGCACAAAGAUGGAAAAAUAAACAAAAAUAACUGAAGUCCUUCCCCACAGGAAGGUAUUAGUCAUGCAGGUAGAGUAACUUGUAUUUGCUCUAAGAUGCUGGCCGAUAGAGUUCCUUGUCCUAGAAAGAAAUACAUGUCCUGUUGGCUGUGUCACACCACCAGGCUAACUAGCGAAGGAGAGCACUCGGAGAGAGGGAGCCCUUUGCAGGUAACGUUUGCAAAAAGAGAGCUGUGAGAGCCGUGACUGUUAACAUGUUCAGGGCAGCAGCCAGCUGUUGAGAGCAUGAUUCCAGCUGUGCUCGUGUCCUUUAAGGAGUAUGGCAGUCGGGCAAUGUGGGAAGCGGGAGUUAUUUUGGACACAGGGCCUUCUUGCAAAAUAUUCAUGAAACUAAAGAAUCGGGCAGUGAGGUUUGUGUAGCUCGCAGGGCUUUUUUUAAAUGCGGUUGUGAGGUUUUUUGGGGGUGGUUUUGUGUUUUCAUGGAAGCCAGCUGCUCUCCUAUAAUACUGCUUACCCUGCAAUUACUCUGGUUUUUUCUAAAUAACCAUUUCUGCCUCGUGCCCCAGGGAGCUGACUUGACCGUAGAGCCGGAGUAGUUGGUAAAUACCUGAGCAAUGUAGGUGCCAGGAGGGUAUGGGCUGCUUUUUGGAGCCAGCAGGAUCAGGGGACAGCAAUGCCUUGCUCCAGAAUCUAUUUCUAAGACCUACAUGUAGGGAAUGGUUCUCAGCUGAGACGGACUGAACUUCAGUACUCGAUUCUGCCAAAAACUGCAAGUAUUGGGCAAAGUCUCUUCAUCUUUCCCUAUUUUGGCCUCUGCAUGCGUAAACAUUUUGUCAGUGGUUAAUCUUUGGGGGAUUUUUAACUGGAAGUUGCAAGCUGAGAUCCGGUUUUUAAGCUCAGCAGGAACAUCUUGUCACUACUACCUGAAGGUCAAACACAGUGAUAUCGCUGCAAAAGUCAAAGUGUGGCACUAGGAGGGGACCUGGGUUGUCAGCUCAGGGCCACACAUGGGCAGUGCCAGGUUGCAGAGGCAGAUGGCACUGGGAUGUCUUCAAAUACGUGACUGAGGUGUUUAUCUUGGUACCUGCGUUACUGGGCCUGAAGGGGAACCUAGAGAUGACUCUGGCAUCUCGCCUUUCGACAGCUGCUAAUAUUGGCCAAAUGGAUACACCCAAAGAGCUCUGGAAGAUGAUAACAGGGAACAUGGCUCUGAUACAGGUUCAGGCUACUGUGGUUGGCUUCCUGGCCUCAAUCGCAGCAGUGGUAUUUGGAUGGAUCCCAGACGGGCACUUCAGCAUUGACCAUGCUGUCCUGCUUUGUGCCAGCAGUGUGGCUACUGCUUUCAUUGCUUCCCUUGUUCUGGGCAUGAUUAUGAUUGGGGUCAUCAUCGGAUCCAGGAAAAUGGGGAUCAAUCCUGAUAACGUCGCCACGCCAAUUGCUGCCAGCCUAGGGGAUCUCAUCACCCUGGCUCUGCUUUCAGGGAUCAGCUGGGGCUUGUACAAAGAGUUGGAGAGCAAAGCCUACGUGAACCCUUUGGUAUGCGCCUUCUUCAUAGCUCUGCUGCCCAUCUGGAUCAUCAUCGCCAAGAAGAAUGCGGCAACGCGUGAGGUGUUGUACUCUGGCUGGGAGCCAGUCAUUAUCGCAAUGGCGAUUAGCAGCGUUGGGGGUUUGAUUUUGGACAGAACAGUUUCAGAUCCCAACUUUGCUGGAAUGGCUGUCUUCACACCGGUUAUUAAUGGUGUGGGUGGCAACCUGGUGGCCGUGCAGGCUAGUCGCAUCUCCACUUACCUGCACAUGAGCGGGAUGCCUGGAGAGAGCUCCGAAACAGCCCCUCGCAAGUGCCCCAGCCCUUGCAGCACUUUCUUCAGCUCAGAUGUGAAUUCUCGCUCUGCUCGUGUGCUCUUUCUUCUGGUGGUGCCCGGACACUUGGUUUUCCUUUACACCAUCAGCUCCAUGCAAGGUGGACACACUACACUCACCCUGAUUUUCAUAGUCUUCUACAUGACAGCAGCGCUUCUCCAGGUUCUCAUUCUUCUCUACAUUGCUGACUGGAUGGUGCACUGGAUGUGGGGCAGGGACCUCGAUCCGGACAACUUCUCCAUCCCAUACUUGACAGCGCUGGGGGACCUGAUCGGAACAGGUCUGCUCGCUCUCAGCUUCCAUGUCCUCUGGCUCAUCGGUGACCGGGACUCCGAUGUGGGAGACUAGCUCUCCCUGUUUUCCCCCUCCUUCUCACAGCUCUACUCCUCCUCUCAUUUUGUUGUUGUUUCUUUUCCUCCACCUUUGCUCUUCUUUGCUUCUUCCCCCCACCCUGUCUUUCUUGAGACUUCAUCUUUGAUACUGGAUUCUCAUUAUUUUCAAUGGGAAUUUUAUGUGGUUUAUAUUUCAAGCCGAGUUUGUACAGAAAAUAAAUCUAGUUUUAGGAAGGACAAAAAAAAAGUGUAACGAGACAAUCACCAAGUGCAAUUUCAUAGUAGUUAUGUCUGAACCAAGGUUACAGCGAAGAUACUAAUCAGUCCGUGCAGGGAGCCCACCCUGUCCCAGUCACUAGAGGUGAAGGGCUGCUUUUUUCGCUUCAUAAGCGUUUUAAAUACUGGAGGUAAGGUUCAGAUUUAUUUUACUGAACAGGCACCUUCUAGCAAAGUACAACCUCAUGGAGGAGGGCGUGGGGUAUCUCCCAUCUUCUCUGCCCUGUCGCCCUCCUCCCUUGUGUUCGCUCUCUGAAUCCCCUCCUGUGCCUAGCAUCCAAAGCGAGUCUCUGGUAGAGGGAUUAGCAAAGAUGGCGAGGAAGGGUCCUCGAUGCCAAAACGCCCGUUCCUGUGUGCCCACGAGGAAAGGGAGCGGUCUCGGGUUGGAGGACUGCAGAGCCCCAAAAUCUGGCUGGGAGCAGGCUGGUCUCUGCUGCCAGAUUUUGGCUCCCUUUUGCCAGCCACCAGGCAGCAUCUUGAAGCGCAGGGUCCUUGCUCUGCCUCCCAUCACGAACCGAGUUCAGCUACUGCUGCGCACAGAGGGAUACGCGCUGCGCUGUGAAGAGGCUGUGGGUUCUCCCGAUCCAUCCUUCUCCCUCUCCGCCCGCCGGCGCUCUGCGGGAGGAUCUCCUGGAGCUGGCAGGGAUGCUGUGUGCAAGCCUCUCCCUCAUGCUGGUAUGGGCACAGCACUUUUUUCACAGCAGCCUGCUCAGUUCUCUUGACUUUCCUGGAGGGGUAGAUGGAAAAAUAGAUCCUAUUUUGUGCAUUAAGUUUUUCUUGCACUUGUUAAGUGCUGCUGACGGGCCCACUGCAGCUGGGAAGAAGCCACCCGAUAGCUCUUCCACUUGAGCCCCGAGGCAUUUCAGACUUGGGAGCAUUAAGGCUCUUGGUGUCUGGUAGAAAAGGACAUCCAUGUUCAGCCGCUGGAUUUCUCUGUCUGUGUAGCUGCCAGCGGGAAAACAGGUCAGCGGGCGCCGUCAGAUGUCCGAAGCCCUGGUUCUCAGCGCAGCGCUCUGUGCGGGGCUGUAGCAAAGGAACGCGCUUGCCUUUGAGCAGGCACAGAAAAUCUGGCAUCAGGGUUACAGCCGAGCGCCGUGAGCGCAGGGUUCCCUGCUCUGCUUCUUUCCCUUCUGCUUUUUGUGCUGUUCGGCUCGGUGAUGGCUGAGGCGCCUUCUCUUCUGCUGCUCGUGCAUGUUGGACGGACUCGCGCAGUUUGCAGUGGCAUGAGAGAAAACCUGUUCUGGCUGCGUGACUGAGGCGCUUGUAAACGAUCUUCCUGAGCGCUGUCGGCACUUGACGCUUUUUAGUUUUCCCACUUGGAUAUAAAUCACUUCAGUAAACUGAGUGCAGUUUCAUGUAAGCAGGUCUUAUCGACUGGAAACUUCACCAAGUUUAAAUGAUGUGCUGAAGCAGACGGCAUUAUCAAGCAGGCUGUAAUGCAUGAAUAUAAAUUGAAUGUGUAAGUGUGCAUGGGGGGAAGCUCUUAACAUCUGUCAAGGGGGGAGGAAAAUACAGUAUAUCCCAUGGAGCCUAACUUCAGUGCUGCACUGUCCAAAGCCUGGGGAGCUGCCAGUAUCUUGCCAAGCACUGGGGGAAUGCCCUCGGUGUUCAGCAGAGUAGCACCUUGCAUCCUGAUCCUGGAAUGCCAGCAAAGCUCUCAUUUUACUUAGCUGGGCAGGCCCUGGGUGCUGGUUCCACUCCUGGUCUGGGCGCUGCCUGUCCUGCUUAUUUGCAGCCCCAGAACAUAACCUGAAAGCUGCUGGAUCUGUGGUUGUCUGCUUUUCUUCUUGCUUUAAGUGUGUUCCUCAUAAAACGUGACCAUCCUUCAUCGGCCCAGUUUCCUCCUUUAGGGUAAUUUCUGUGUUUCUUAUGCCAGCCAGUGGUGGUCUUCUCCUUUCAGCUUUCUGUCCCAGCAGCGCUGGGCACCUCUGCUCAGCUGGAAGAUGGUGUGCUGUGGUGCUGGGAAUGCUGGCCUUCCUGGGAGUGAGGCCGGGCUGCGAGGUCCGUUUGUUACUCUGGUCAAUACCAGAACUAAGUGAGCUCCACAAAGCCCUGCCCUGAGUGCAGACGGUUUUGCUUCCUAGGUAAGGAGUGAUUUGUUAGGAACAGCUCCUGCCUCCCUGCAGAACAUGGAGCUAAUGCGCCACUUACGGUCCAAGCCAAGACCAAAGUAAGUCUGGGAUCAGGAACGGUCCCAGCCCAGCCGUCUGGUGCAGAGCUGGUCCUUAGUCUAGAGAUGAGCAUGCUGGAAAGGAAGGUCAGGAUUGGCGAGUGGGAAACCAGUUCUGGAAGGCCACGGGAGCAGAUGUAUCCAAACCAAAUGGCAGUCAGGCUCUAGCCUGCUCCAGGACCUCUCUGAAGUUGCAGAAGAAUCUUCUCCUGCUUCAGUGGGUGUGCGCCGAGUUCUCCUCCUCCCACCCAAGCUGUUCAUGGUGCUCCGGAGGCAGAGAGGGGAUCCCUGCCCUGUCAGGCUGCUCGCUCUCAGACCCUCAGGAGAGCAGGUGAUCCAUUUCAGAGAUGGUUUUCCCCUUUCCGCCUUGCUAACGUAACGUCAGCCUUGCUGUCCCCUUCCCUUUGCAACGUGUCCUUCGUGGCAGUAGCUCUGAACCUCACGCGCUCCACCCCUGUGACGUGACUUCUCACAGAUCGUGUUUGGCCAAAGCUCUGUUCCAAAAAAAAUAAACAACAAACCCCAAAUUUCUCACCCUGCUGUACCCAAGCCCCAGGGGCUUCUGGAGCAUUCUGCGCCGCUCACCUCAUUUUUCUGCCUAAUGUUGAGGAAUAGAUAUGAGACUUCCUUCCAUUAACACUUCAGCUUUUAUGUGUAUAUAUGAGAAACUCGCCUGGUCUUUUAGGCGUCACAUCACUGUUUAGUUCCCCAAGAAAAGAUUCCCCAGAGGAAGAACCUACCGCUCAUGGUCUCCUGUAAAAUGAAGAGAGACCCAGAGGUGACUGAGACCUGUCACGGGGCUGGGCUGGUGGCGUCCGUACAUUUCUAUACGGUCUGAGGUGGGGGAGGGGGGAAUGGGUCAGGGAAGAAUCUAAUUUAAAUUGAAGAAUAAUGAUGGUCAACAACUUUUCCCACCAGUUGCACUCAAAUGCAUGCCUACUAUACAGCUGACUGCAAAUGAAAAAUACUGGUUUACUCUUUUUAUUAAAGGAAAAAGACUGUCUUAAUUAUUUAUAGUUCCUAUAACUGAAUUGACAGAUGUCAACUUAACUGAUAAAUUAUAUUUGGUUAAAUAAAGAUGACAUUUAUUUAUGUGGA